UUAAUUUACACUAUACUUUGUUGGGGCUUUUUCUGACGAAAAACACCCUCCAAAAAUAGGCGUAUGCCGCUGAGUGCGGCGAGCAAACGGUAUUCUUUAGUAAAAGGCGAAAGAAUAGUUCGCUCUGUGCUCACCGCGCGACUGCGUGGGUUGGAAAGACGCCUCGUUUUCAUUUAUAUAGGUGAGUCUUUGAGUGCAGUUUCACUCUCUUGCCCGAUGUGGGAAUCAUACUCAUUUCAAACGGUAUUAAUAAUGUUCAUGCCCAACUGAUUUUGCCAAUAGUAGCUUCUUUUUAUUUGGCUCCAUGGCGCUACACAUACGCCGGGUUGCCCAUCCCCAAUGGUAGCCGUAGCUUUUUAUUUUUCACACAAUUCAAAUCAUGCUGCUCAGAGCAACCUUCACUCCCAUUUUUACUGCUAUUCCAUACAAAUCCAAAAUCCCAGCUGCUUCCCUCUCCAUCUCGAAUGCGUUCCUCAACAACCCGCUUUCUGUUCGAGAAAAUUCCUCACUCAAUGCUAACGCCACUAACCAGAAUCCCUUGUUACCUCCAACGUCAGCCUAUGUCCACCUCCCUUUCUGUAGAAAGCGCUGUCAUUACUGUGACUUCCCAAUUGUCGCUCUUGGCUCUUCUUUAAGCCAAACUGAAGAUGAUGACCCACGAAUCGCAAAUUAUGUUCAACUCCUCUGUCGAGAAAUUGAAGCAACAAAAGUAGCAUCUAACAACAACCCACCUCUCGAAACUGUCUUUUUUGGAGGAGGAACGCCAUCCCUCGUGCCACCGAGACUCAUCUGGUCAAUUCUGGAAGCCCUCAGAUCAAAAUUUGGGGUAUGCCCGGAUGUAGAAAUGUCAAUAGAAAUGGAUCCCGGAACAUUUGAUACGAGGAAAACGAGGGAAUUAUUGGACUUAGGAGUGAAUAGAGUCUCUCUAGGAGUGCAGGCAUUUCAAAAAGAGUUGUUGAUGGCGUGCGGAAGAGCUCAUGGCAUCGAUGAGGUUUAUGAGGCUAUUGAUAUCAUUAGCUCAUGUGGUCUGAAAAAUUGGAGCAUGGAUCUCAUCUCUUCUCUCCCUCAUCAGACGCCAGAGAUGUGGCAGGAGAGCUUGAAGCGAACCGUAGAAUCUAAGCCUACUCAUGUAUCUGUCUAUGAUUUGCAGGUGGAGCAAGGAACCAAGUUUGGAGUUUUGUAUACACCAGGGGAGUUCCCCCUGCCUUCUGAAACUCAGUCUGCAGAGUUCUAUAAGAUGGCUUCGGAGACGCUGUCAAGUGCUGGUUAUAACCAUUAUGAGGUCAGUAGCUAUUGCAAGAGUGGCUAUGAAUGUAAGCACAAUCUGACAUACUGGCAGAACAAAUCUUUCUAUGGUUUCGGUCUUGGGGCGGCUAGUUAUACUGGCGGACUGAGGUACUCAAGACCCAGGAAGAUGAAAGAGUACAUGGGCUACGUACAGAAUUUGGAGGCUGGGUUGGUAGAUAACCACGGCACUGAUCAAAUUGAUGCCAAAGACAUGGCAAUGGAUGUUGUGAUGCUCUCACUUAGAACUGCAAGAGGCCUAGAAGUGAAGUCCUUUGCAGGAGCGUUUGGUAGCCAUCUUCUCGCCUCUCUUUGCCAGGCUUUUCAACCUUACGUGGAGAGUGGACAUGUGGUCGCACUGAACGAGGAAAGAAGAGAACUGAGACCAGAUGAAUUUGGGUCUGCAUUAUCCAGUGGGCAGAAGAUUGAAGAGGUACUAGAGUUUAUUCGGCUUAGUGACCCUGAUGGCUUCCUCUUAUCAAAUGAGUUGAUAUCCAUUGCAUUUACAGUUAUAUCUCCAUAGGAUGCUGUGCUAUUGGAAAGUUGAGUUUUGAAUGUGAAUUUGGAUUGUGAACAAUCAUAAAGAGUAACCGAGUAUAUCUAAUAUAUUGAUUAUGAAGCAAAAAUUCAGAAAGCAAGAAAACAAUUAGAAGCCAACCUUGAAUGUCAACUGGCUGGAUCUAAAAAGAGGGGGGGGGGGCGGGAAGAGAGAGCUUGGCAAUGAUGGAGAACUGUUUGCUGGUCAUGACACCUUGCAUUUGGAGGCACUUCCUAAGGCGACAAUGAAGAAGGAAAUCCCGAAGUAUCUCAGCAGGCGACAAUUAUUUUUACAAAGUAAAUUUGGUUCUCUAAUGGGGUAAUACACUAUUUGUGUCUCAGUGUGAUGUACCGGAAUGGAUCAGUAUAGAAGUAAGUCUUGAAUUUAAAAUACAUUAGCCGACCUAUGAAUCACGAAUUGUGAACUGAACAUGUAGAAAUCAUUGAUCGAACUUGUUUACUAUGUCUUGCCCAUCAA